AGUCGUGCCGGGUGGGGUGAGCUCUUGAGAUUAAUGCAGCGGUUUGACUGCGGGAGGCUUUUCGGCUGUGUGGGGGCGGGGAAGAAGGGGCGCAGCGCUGCGGGAGACUUAACUGUGUUUUCCUUGGGCUGCCCAGACAGAGGAAAAAGCUGCUGCAGACUGCAGAAGGGGAGCAGGUUGGGCUGUGAGUGUGGCACCUGAUGGAGGAACUUGGGGGAGGGAGGCACAACCAUGGCCCUGGACCCUCUGGGCCUGGUCAGAGGUCUAGUAGAGAAAGAGAGGAGGGUUGCCCAGCGACCAGGCUCAUGCUGGCCAAGGAGACUCUAAUGGUCUGUCUUUGCAAAUGCCAGCGCAGCUAUCUGGGGAGGGAUUGUGGGUGGAGGCAUGACAAUGGGUCCUAGUCCCUUUCUCCAGGGUGAGUGCCAGUUCCACCCAGGCUUGGAGGUAGGGGAAGACAGAGGGUGUCUCUGAGACCCCACCCUGCAGGUAGAUUGACUGAGGCUAGAAGUGUGAAGACCUUCAGGGAGGUUUGAGGGAAACCCUGAACAAGCUUCUUGGAUGGAGGGGGUGAGUGAAGUGGGUCCCUGUGCCCUACAUGGCAUGGGAGUGGAGGCAAGACACCCUGCGCUAUAGGAGCAGUGGCCCUUUGAGAAAGGAUGGGUUUGUGGUGGCUGAGGUGUUGGUAGGUGUGCAUGCGUGUGCGUGUGUGUGUUCGUGCCUGCGUGCAUGCCUGCGUAUGUGUGUGAAGGGGUGUUUUGCUGCUGAGCAGCUCAUAUAUCCAAAUGUUUGUAACAGUGAGUCAGGAGACUUAGGGCCUAGGCCUGGCUCACCUUGCUGCGUGACCUUGGACAAGUAUGUUGGUUUCACACAGCUUCCAUGAUUCCAUUUACAAACCUGGGCUCGGCAGGGCUGCUCUGCCCCUUAUUCAAGGAUGUUGUGAGGGCGGUGGGAAACUAUUUCAGACUGAUAGUGAGUGGCCUGGGAAGACAAUCUUUAAAGCAGGCCUGCAGGGAGCCCAGUGCUGGGGAUGUUUGCUGAGUGAGUGUGGUUGGUGCUCAGCCCUUGGACCAGACCUGCUCCUUGGGAGCUCUUGCUUUGGUUCAGUGACCUGCAACUUUUCAAGUGUAGGAUUCAUCUCGUUAGACAGAGGGACUACCUUUAAUGUUUAACCCGGGGAGGUCACUUUCAGGUUUAUGGGGGUUUAUUUUGCUUCCUGCUUUAAGCCACUGGCGACCUUCCUUCCUGCAGGUUUCAGGUCGCCUUCUGUCCUUGGGUAUCUGAAUGGAGAAGCUGCUCCUGAGAAUUGCACGGCAGUAUUUAGCCCAUGCAUUGUGUGUUGCAGGCACAGGGCUUGGUGUGUCUUUUAACAGAAGGUAGCUCUCUGUUCUUGAGGUGCUGGGUUGGAGUUAGAGGUAACAUGACCACCCUACCCCAAGGUGAUGAUGAAGGGCACAGGGUUGGGCAGCAGACUGCAAGGGGAUGCUGGAGAGGCCAGGGAAGUCUUCUAGGAGGUAAUGGGUCUUGGGAAAAGCCCAGGACGACGGGCUGUGAGGAAACGAAACCAAGCUGUAGAUGGGCAAACGCUGGGGGUUGUUGGAAGUGAGUGAUUCAAAAGGCUGGAGAAUGGCUGAUCCGUGGGGUCUUCCUUGAUCCCUCUCUCCGCUUCUGCUUCUCUAGGGGCUGGUGACUGCAUCUGGAAGUGCCCAUGACAGAGCUGGUGUCCUCCAGGGAAGGGUCUCCUACGGGGGACGGGGAGGAGGGUCUGGGGGACGACCAAGGCCUGGUUAUCCACCACCCGGCAGAGGAACAGCCCCACCGCUGCCCACUGUGCGGCCAGACCUUCUCCCAGCAGCCCAGCCUGGUGCGGCACCAGAAGGCGCACGUAGGGGCGGGUCGCACCGCCGCCUUCGUGUGUCCCGAGUGCGGCAAGGCCUUCAGCGUCAAACACAACCUGGAGGUGCACCAGCGCACACACACCGGCGAGCGGCCCUUCCCUUGCCCCGAGUGCGGCCGCUGCUUCAGCCUCAAGCAGAACCUGCUCACGCACCAGCGCAUCCACAGCGGCGAGAAGCCGCACCAGUGCACGCAGUGCGGCCGCUGCUUCCGCGAGCCGCGCUUCCUGCUCAACCACCAGCGCACACACGCGCGCAUGCCCACGCCACACCCGCGUCGUCCCGGUGUCUUCGGGGAGCGGCGACCCUACUUCUGCCCACGCUGCGGCAAGAGCUUCGCGCGUGAGGGCUCGCUGAAGACCCACCAGCGCAGCCAUGGCCACGGGCCUGAGGGCCAGGCAGCCCAUUUAGGACGCGUGCUAUGACCCGUGGGAGGCCUGCCACCAUCAGCUGCCUCCGAUCCAGGAGCCACAUCCAGGGGUGCUGAGUUGCCCCCUCUCUGGAUGGGCUCAUGGGAGAGGGGCAGGGCCAGCUUGGGGUGUUGGAAGGGCUUGAGCCACUCCCUUUCCUUCCUCCCCCUGGACCCUUUGGCUGGCUGCAUGCAUCUGCUAUGGGUUCUGCGUUAGUUUGCCUCCUCAGUCUCCUGUGGCCUA